AUGAAGUGCGCUGUUUGUGACGAGUCAUUUAAUGAUGGCGUUCAGUGUGGAGUGUGCAAAAAACAUCUGGAUUUUGGUUGUGCCAAUAUUUCCGAAGCUGGAUACAGGAAGCUCGGCUCUGACCGCCGGACGGCGUGGAAAUGCCCUCAGUGCAAGCAAUCGAGGCUGUCACCUGUUCCCGGUGGCGAUCCAUCUGUUCUAGACAACAUACUCACCGAACUGCGGGGUUUGAAACAGCAGCUCGCUAGUCUCCCUACCCUUAUUGAAGAUGUGAAAUGUAUUAAGCAGGAAUUGUCAGACCUAAAGGCGUCUUGUGAAUUCAGCAGUGACUGGUUGGACAAGCAGGAGGUCAGACUAUCUGACUUAGAACAAAAAGUGUCAGAUGUGAAGAAAAUCGAGCUUUCUAUGAAUUCGGCUGUAAAUGAAAUCAGCAUUCUGAGAAAAGAGUUGGUGCAAAGAGAUCAAUGGAAUCGGCUUAAUAACAUUGAAAUUAAGGGUGUACCGGUCAAGUCUAGUGAAAACCUCUUCUCUAUUGUCGAGGCGCUGACUGAGACUGUUGCCUACAGCUUUCCGAUAACUCAACUAAUUAUAUCGCAAGAGUACCCAUGCAGAAUUCUAAGGACAAAUAUAUUGUAA